AGGAUGAUUUUUAUAGUGUUUAAUUAAAAUAAGAGAUGAGUAGAAUAUAAUAUUAUGUAAAAUAAACAUCACAGUUCUCUUUGUCUUUGCACUGGUCCGUCUGUUAAAAGGUGGCUGUUAGUUGUUACAGCACAGAGUGUUUGUUGUGUUGUUUUAGUUAAAGCUUAGCUUAGCUUAUCUGGUCGGUGUUUAAUACUGAAAGAGAUAAAAAAAAAAGUUGUUUAAUUGCUCACAUGCUAGUUGAAACGCUUGUGUAUAGUAUGCCAAUCUCAAAAUUGUGCCCAAAAAAGAGCUUAUUAUGCUCUUUUGUUCAUAUCACAGAACCCAUAUUUAGGCGUUUCAAGAAUCUGCCUAAUCUUUAUUGCUUGUUUCUCAAUUUUCCUUCUUGUGGGUCUACCUUAAUAUAAUUCUAACGUCCGCUUUUCUUGUUAUUGCUUCAAGUUAUCUAAAAAGUUUCAGUUUUUUUCUUUCUUUUUUGUACCAUCAUUGAGUUUGGGGUGUUUUCUUGAAAUUGGUUAGUAUAUGGGAUGGGUGGGGUGAAGCUGCUCCUUCUUUGCUUGGUGGUGUUGGAGUUAUGUGCCUUUGCUUUCUCUCAGGGAUCUAAAGGUUUCAGUUUAUCCCUCUCUCCAUCAGCAUCCACUGCAAUUCCUCCUAUUGAAGAGGGAAUUCCCUCUUCCGUCUCUCAUGGGAAUGCAUUGAGAAGUAAUGCACCUGCUCCUGCAUUUGAGCUAAAUGGGACUUCUCCUCCUGCAAAUGUUUUUCCACCACUGAAACAAGUUCUUACACCAUCUCAGCAACCAAGUGCUCCUAUAAUAUUGCCAACACCCAGUUCAGCCCCACCCGCAAUCACUUCGGCCCCGCCACAAAUCGCUUCUCUACCAGCUCCUCCUCCUCCUGUGAUUACGUGGAAUGUUCCUGCUCCAGUUCUGCCUCCAAGUGCUCCUAAGACAGAUCAUCGACAUACUGAGCAGCCUGUCGUUGUGCCAGAAGCUCCUGCACCAGUCUCGUCAUCCAGAAGGAAAUCACCUGACGAUGCACCAACUAAAGCUCCACGGGUACCUGGAUCUACGCCACCUAGUGAGAGCAGGCCAUCAGAGAGUCCUCUCUCCUCAAAUGGCCCGGGUCCAAGGGAAAAUCCGCAAAAUUCACUGCCCACUCUCCCAAGAAGUCCAGAUUUUUCACCAUCCAUUCCACCAGUCCUGAAUGCGCCUGCCCCAAGGGAAAAGCCACAAAAUCGACUGCCCACCCUCCCAAGAAAUCCAGAUAUUUCACCAUCCAUUCCACCAGUCCUGAAUGCACCUGCCCCAAGGGAAAAGCCACAAAAUCCACUACCCCUCCCAAGAAAUCCAGAAAUUUCACCAUCCACUCCACCAGUCCUGAAUGCGCCUGUCCCAAGGGAAAAGCCACAAAAUCCACUGCCCACCCUCCCAAGAAAUCCAGAUAUUUCACCAUCCACUCCACCAGUCCUGAAUGCCCCUGCCCCAAGGGAGAAGCCACAAAAUCCACUACCCACCCUCCCAAGAAAUCCAGAAAUUUCACCAUCCACUCCACCAGUCCUGAAUGCGCCUGCUCCAAGGGGAAAGCCCCAAAAUCAUCUGCCCACCCACCCAAUCAUUCCAGAAGUCUCACCAUCUAUUCCACCAGUCCUUAAUGCGCCUUCUCCAAGGGGAAAGCCACAAGAUCCACUGCCCGCCCGCCCAACCAAUCGCGAAGUCUCACCAUCUAUUCCACCAGCGACAGUUUCACCACCUCCAAGGAAGUUGCCUAACAAUUCACCACCCAGCCAUCCAAGAUUUCCUCUAAAACCUCCAUCCGUUUCACCAGUUAAGCAUGAUAUAACCCCUGUAUCAACUCCGUGGCCAAGCAUCAACCACAAAAGAGCAAGUGCUCCAACUGUUGCACCUCCUAAUAGAAUGACCAAUCGGCAUCCAGCAAAAGCUCCCACUGAACACAAAGCCAUGGGCCGCUCUACUAAUGCUCCUCCUCAUAAAUUCCCUAAUUCUCCCCUAUCUGCACCUUCAACCUCAUUUCAGAGGGAUCACCACCUAAAAGAUAAUAUGACAGCAAUCACUCCAUCACCCUAUGAAGUUUAUCCUCCUGUUUCAACUGAACCAGGUCCGUUGAUCCCUCCAUCUCCUUCGUUUCACUCAAAAUCAUAUCCAAAGACUAACCUUAGGCCCCACUCUCAUUCACCAGGAACGUCGGUAUCACCGUUGCUUGCGCCUUUAACUUCUCCAGAAAGCCACGAUUCUCCUUCCAUAUCAGAGUCUCCAACUGCUUCAUCUAGACCAACUAAAAAACCAUUUGUUUCCCCUACAAUGUCUCCCUCUGGGUCUCCACCAAGGCAUCCAAAGAUACCGCGUCCAUUUCAAGCACUACCGCCUCCACCUCCUAAUCAAGAUUGCGCAUCAUUGACUUGUGCAGAGCCUUUCACAAAUGGUCCACCAAAAGCACCUUGUGUUUGUGUCUUGCCUAUGCGAGUUGGACUACGCCUUAGUGUAGCACUCUACACCUUCUUCCCUUUGGUUUCAGAGCUGGCAACAGAAAUUGCUGUUGGGGUAUUUAUGGAUCCAAGUCAAGUUCGUAUUAUGGGAGCAAAUUCAGCCAGCCAGUAUCCAGAGAAGACCAUUGUCCUUAUUGAUUUAGUACCCCUUGGAGUAAAAUUUGAUAACACUACAGCAUUUCUGACAUCACAAAGAUUCUGGCACAAACAAGUUAUUAUAAAAGCUUCUCUUUUUGGUGAUUAUGAUGUGUUGUAUGUGCAAUAUCCAGGUCUUCCUCCGUCUCCACCGUCAGCAGCUUCAGACAUUGAUACCAUAGGUAGCCAACCAUAUCCUGGUGAUAAUAAUGGAAGGACCAAGCCCCUUGGAGUUGAUGUCAGCGGGAAACAGCACAAAAAUGGGCCAAAUCAGAGUGUCAUAGCAGUAAUUGUAUUGUCAGCCUCUGUCGCAGUUAUUUUAGGCUGUGCCGUUGCAUGGGUUUUGCUUUUCAGACAUAGAGAUCGUGGGUAUCAGUCAGAACCAACUCCACUAACUACAUUACCAUCCCUUGCAAAGUCAUCAGGGAUUGCAACCUCCAUCAUUGGGAGCAGGCCAAACUCUCCUUCAUUAUCCUUUAGUUCUAGCUUUGCUGCGUAUACUGGUUCGGCUAGAACAUUCAGUUCAAAUGAAAUUGAGAGAGCAACUGACCACUUCAAUGAAGCAAGAGUACUAGGUGAAGGGGGAUUUGGUGUUGUUUAUAGUGGUGUGCUUGAUGAUGGGAUGGAAGUGGCAGUGAAAGUCCUCAAGAGAGAUGAUCAACAGGGUGGUCGUGAAUUUUUGGCCGAAGUAGAGAUGCUUAGCCGCCUCCAUCAUAGGAACUUGGUCAAGUUGAUAGGAAUAUGUCUUGAGGAGCGCAGUCGCUGUUUACUUUAUGAGCUCAUCCCAAAUGGAAGCGUGGAAUCUCAUCUUCAUGGUAUUGACAAGGAAAUUUCUUCACUUGAUUGGAAUGCCCGAAUAAAAAUAGCUCUUGGUGCUGCCCGAGGCCUGGCCUAUUUGCAUGAAGAUUCCAGUCCCCGAGUCAUACACAGGGAUUUUAAGUCUAGUAACAUCUUACUGGAACAUGAUUUCACCCCGAAAGUGUCUGAUUUUGGUUUGGCAAGAGCUGCAUUAGAGGAAGGGAGCAGACACAUAUCGACUCGAGUCAUGGGAACUUUUGGGUAUGUAGCUCCAGAAUAUGCUAUGACAGGGCAUCUUCUUGUAAAAAGUGAUGUUUACAGCUAUGGGGUUGUCCUGCUUGAGCUGCUAACUGGAAGAAAGCCAGUGGAUAUGUCCCAGCCACCAGGUCAAGAGAAUUUAGUCGCUUGGGCACGCCCACUCCUUACGAGUGAAGAAGGUCUUGAGUUGAUUGUGGAUCGUACUUUGGGGCCUGAUUUCCCUUUUGAUGACAUCGUAAAAGUAGCUGCUAUUGCUUCAAUGUGUGUUCAACCAGAGGUAUCUCACAGGCCUUUCAUGGGUGAGGUCGUCCAGGCCUUGAAGCUGGUAUGUAGCGAAUGCGAACAGACAAAAGGCAUCAUGUCUCGAAGUUGUAGCCGAGAUGAUCUGUCUAUUGACAUGGAUGGUAGGAUAAGUACAUCUUCAAGCCAAGUGUUGAACACUAGACGACCUCAAUCCCCGGGCUCUAACUCAGACAGUGAGUUGGACGUUGAGAGGGGACUUUCAAUGUCAGAUUUACUUAGUCCAUUAGCAAGAUAUGGGAAGCAAGAAUCUGGUUCAUUUAGGAGGUACUCUAGCUCAGGUCCUAUCAGAAAAGGAAAAACCAGGAGGCUAUGGCAUAAAAUGAGAAGAUUAUCUGGAGGUAGUGUGAGCGAGCAUGGCGUGAUGUUUGGGUUACGGCCUGGAUCCCACUAAUCGUGGUUGAAGUUUCCAUCUUGGAUUUUGAUAAAUUUUGCUGCAAAAUGUCAAUUUUCACCAUCCAUGCCGGAUAUACUAGAUUGCAUGGAAUUGUACAGCACCUUCUUUGGUCUUCUUGACCAAGACAGAUUGAGGAAGCAAAUAUCAGCAUACUCAAAUUGUUCUGAAUGCUGCCGCAUAAUCCAUAAGUAUGAUAAGCCCUCCAUUAAAAGCUGGGAAGAACUGUGUUCGAGGAGAUAUCUGAAUAGGGAUUUCAUCUUAUGUAAGAAGAUUGUAUUUAUUGUAACAUGCUAAUUGUUCAUAAUGGGAAUCAUAGUUCUUUCUCUUCUUGUAUUGAGUUCAAAUCUUGGAGGCAAAAGAGUGAUUUUCUGCUAAGAUCUGCUAAUACUAAAGGUUAUGCAAAACAUGUUUUAUUCUU